AUGAACAUUUUUGGAAGGAAAAAGAGUUCCGAAUCCAUUGCUGCUGAUUCAGCUAUUCAAACAACCACCACAACGGAUCCUAAUACUCUAGCCAAGACAACAGGAACGACAAAUUCUCCGACCAACGUUAAUCGAUAUCAGUCCGACAUUGACCGAGCCAAUGCUAUGCGACAAACUCAUUUUGGGACCAAUGGCUACACGCCUCCUUCGAGUGGCAAUCACAAUGCCAACUCCAGCAGUCACAACCGUCAGACUGGGUACGUUCCACCCUCAGGAGGCAACAGUACUUCAAAUAACAACAACAACAACGGUUCCAAUCCAAUUUUACAAGACAAAGUCCAUUUAGCCUUGGGUCAAUUGGAAGAAGCGGAACGAUUGCAAGCGUCAGGAAAGUUGGAUAGUGCACUUCGUCUCAGUGAAGAAGCACUAGGGACGCUGAUUGGAUAUCUGAGACAAGCAAAUCAAUAUCAGAACAGUGGAAUCUCAAAGGAUGUUUUGCGAUCAACUGUGGAAAUGGCUUUGUCCAAUGCGGAAGCUAUGAAGGCAACAAUUGCACAACAUCAAUCGAAACCGGCACCACCAACACAAAUACAAAAACCAAAAAAAUCGAAAUCAAAGACGUCAUCCUACGUCCCACCAUCAUCCUCAGCGCCAUCAUCACAGCCAAUGAAACCAACUCGGAAAGAUUCCAAAUCAAAAAUGGCGUUGGGAAUUGAAAAGUUAAGCCUAUCCAUGUCAAAGUCGCAGGAUUCUCAGGAAAAGAAGAAGGUCAAGCAGAAGACUUCGUAUGACUCUUCUGAUUCAGCCCGUUCUUCUCCUGCCAACCACGCCUUGCAUGCGAGUGCCUCCAGCUCACCACCCCAAAGACCCCCGGCACGGUCCCCCACCAGCAUUCGCAUCAAUCACGAUGAUCCAUUGGUGAAGAUGGUCAAGAAUGACUUGUACGUGGAUGCUUCCCAGUUGCAAAAUGUCAGUUGGAACGAUAUUGCUGGAUUGGCGCAGGCAAAGCAGUCGCUUCAAGAAGCUGCCAUCUUGCCCUUGAUUCGACCAGAUUUAUUUACCGGAUUGCGGAAACCACAGAAUAUACUCUUGUAUGGACCUCCCGGAACAGGCAAGACCAUGCUGGUCAAGGCAGUGGCCAAGGAAUCUUCGUCCAUUCUAUUUGUUUGUAGUGCCAGUUCGUUAACCAGCAAGUGGCACGGCGAAGGAGAAAAGUUACUCAAAACUCUAUUCCAAGUAGCUCGUGCCGCCGCACCAUCGAUUUUAUUUGUCGAUGAAGUGGAUGCACUCUUGUCGGCACGCAAGUCCGAAGGAGAGCACGAGGCAUCGAGGCGAUUCAAAACGGAAUUCAUGACUCAAGUGGAUGGAAUUGCUUCUUCGGGUGGCGGAGACGGCGGAGAUGGGAAUAACGAAGCACAUUUGUUGCUCAUUGCUUGUACGAAUUGUCCAUGGGAUUUGGAUGCAGCAGUCCUGAGACGCUUUCCCCGACGCAUACUGAUUGAUUUACCCGAUGUAGACACCCGGAAGGCCUUGGUAAAGCACUUGUUGCAAAAGGCUGGAAAACAUUCUCUGACGCGCAAUGAAAUCAAAAUGUUAGUGAAGAGAUUGAAAGGUUACUCGGGGAGUGACAUUUCGUCCAUUGCCUCGGAAGCAUCCUUUGGACCCUUGCGUUCCUUGGGAAAUUUGCAGGCCAUUCAAUUGGCAAAUGCCAAUACGAUUCGACCCAUCUCGUAUCAAGACUUUGAACUUGCUCUUGACCAAUCGACCAAAUCAACCUCGCAAGAACUAUUGGACAAGUAUGACAAAUGGAAACGAGACCAGAGUGCAUAG